AUGUUUGGAGAAAUACUGAACGUACAAUAUGUUGCUUGUAUGAAUCCCACCUCAGGAAGCUUCACGAUAAAUCCUCGUCUGCAACGACAUUUUUCUGUAUUUGCUGUAAAUUUUCCAAACACAGAAUCCUUAACAAUGAUAUAUCAUUCCAUUCUUACAUCGCAUUUUGUAAAUGCUGAACAAAAGUUUAAUCCAAAUGUAACAAAAAUAGGAGCUAAUAUAGUCACUGCUUCGCUUGCGCUUCAUAACAAAGUCACGCAAAUAUUUCUGCCAACUGCUGUCAAAUUCCAUUAUAUAUUCAAUUUGAGGGAUCUUAGCAAUAUUUUUCAAGGAUUACUUUUUAGCACAAGUGAUUGUUUGGCAACCCCUGUCGAUAUAAUUCGCUUAUGGUUACAUGAAAGUCAUCGCGUUUAUGGCGAUAAAUUAACGGAUGAAAAAGAUAUUGACACUUUCACAAAAAUGCAAACAGAUAUUGUGAAAAAGUCAUUUGAAGAUAUUGAUGAAUCGAUUGUAUUUGAAAAGCCAAACAUAUAUUCUCACUUUGCGAACGGUAUUGGUGAGCCCAAAUAUAUGCCAAACAAAGAUUGGCAAUCUUUGACGAAGUUAUUGCUCGAAGCCCAAAAUUCUUACAAUGAUUUGGUCGCCGCGAUGAAUCUUGUACUCUUUGAAGAUGCAAUGAUGCAUAUUUGUCGCAUUAAUCGUAUUCUGGAAUUACCGCGAGGAAGUGCAUUACUAGUGGGUGUAGGGGGAUCGGGAAAACAAUCGUUGGCUCGUUUGGCCGCAUUUAUAUCCGGACUUGAAGUGACUCAAAUUCAAUUAAAAAAGGGAUAUAGUGUGGCCGAUCUAAAAAAUGAAUUGUCAGGAUUGUAUUUGAAAGCCGGUUUAAAAAACGUUGGCAUUUUAUUUCUAAUGACUGAUGCACAAAUACCAAAUGAACAAUUUCUUGUAAUGAUAAAUGACUUGCUUGCGAAUGGUGAAAUACCGGAUUUAUUUCCAGAUGAUGAAAUUGAAAACAUUAUUGCAGGUGUUCGUAACGAAGUCAAGGAACACAUGAUUGGUCAUUUAUUUGCAGACGAUUUCCAAGCGCACAUUGAAGUAGAUUUUGAUAAAAUUAAUGACGAUCAUCUCCACACUCGUCACAUCAUGCCAAACUAUGUAAAACGCGACGUUGCUACUUCAUUAAUCGAUCCCAUAUUAAGUUAUGGUGAUGUGAUCACAUAUGGUUGGGGAGCUCAUGGCUCUGCCAAUCAACAAAAUCGUAUCUUAAUAGCUGAUAAACUUCGUUAUAUUUUCGGCUUGAAACGAAGUGAUCAUAUCAGUGAAUAUCGUAAACGAAUAAAUGGGCUCACUCCUGAGUCUAAGGCUAAAUUAAAAUCUGCCAUACUCAUUCUUAAGCAACUUAAAUUCCGCUCACCUUCCUAUUUAAAUGAUAUGUUUGUGUUGAAUGAGAAUUCGAGACGUUCAGACGGUCAACUAUGUGUUCAA